AUGAUGCAAAGUGACCAAAUCAACAUCUACUACGGAAAGAAGUACCCCUUCGUAUGUAGAACAAUACUGAACGUACACAAGAAGCUCAGCCAAAAAGAGAACACAGCAGGAAGUGACCACUCAGCGGACGACAAGGUCAAAUUUGUGAAAGACGAAAAUGUAGAAGAAAUAAAGGUAGAGUUUGUAAGUAAGGAAAAAGAGAAAGAAGGAAACAAGUGCAUAAAUACUACAGACAAAAUAUUCGCAAAGAAUCUAGACCUCAUAUUGCAAACGAAAUUGUAUCACUCAUUCUGUGAGAAUAACAAAAAGGAAGACAAGCAAACGGACGUGUAUGUACAAGCACAAUACGACGAAUGGGUAGACUACUUCAGGAAUAAACAAGUUCAAAAGGAAAUACAAAUCAUUUGUGAUCACCUAAAUAAACACCUUCAUUUGAAUACAUUCAUAUGUGUAGACUAUUUAACCCUGUCUGAUUUGUACGUGUACUACGAAAUGUACAAAUAUUUUAAUGUGGCCAAUUGUUACAAUGUCAAAUACUCCAAGCAGUUUAGGAAUGUCAAUAGGUGGUUCAAAUUAAUCAACUGCUUAGUAAAUUACCCAGAUGCACAAUUAACAACCAUGCUGAAAAAGGAAAUUGAAAUAAUCCAAGUAGAUAUUACCAAAGAUGCAAACACAAAUCAAAUGUUAAAACAGAAAAUCGUUUCCACUUCCUAUGGUGGAAAAUUGCAGAACGCAGAAAAGGGAAAUGUUGUCACGAGGUUUCCCCCAGAACCGUCAGGAUACCUACACAUCGGACAUGCUAAAGCAGCCUUUUUGAAUAGUUACUAUGCAAAUAUGUAUGAGGGUAAAAUGCUACUGCGAUUUGAUGAUACGAAUCCAGCCUUGGAAGAUAUAAAGUUUGAGACAUCCAUCAUGGAGGAUCUAGAGAAUUUAGGAUUAAAGUAUGAAAAAAUUAGCUACACGUCGGACUAUUUUGAAACCCUAGAAGAUUAUUGCAUUAAAUUAAUAAAAAUGGAAAAGGCAUAUGCGGAUGAUACCAAUGUAGAGGAAAUGAGGAACCAAAGAGGGGAAGGAAUUGAAUCGGUUAAUAGACAAAAUUCUGUGGAGCAAAAUCUACAAUUAUUUGAAGAAAUGCGUAAGGGAAGUGAAAUAGGACAGAAAAAUUGUAUACGUGCAAAAAUAGAUAUGCAGAGUAAGAACAAAUGCAUGAGAGAUCCCGUCCUGUACAGGUGCAUAGUAGAUACACCUCACCAUAGACAUGGGUUCAAGUUUAAGUGCUAUCCUACCUACGAUUUUGCAUGCCCAAUAAUAGAUUCACUUGAAGGAGUAACACAUGCAUUGAGGACAAAUGAAUACAGUGACAGAAUAGAACAGUACAAUUGGUUUAUCACAACCUUUCAAUUAAGAAAAGUCUACAUAUACGAAUUCAGUCGAAUCUCAUUUGUAAAAACGGUCAUGUCCAAGAGGAAGUUAAAAUGGUUUGUUGAAAAUAAAAUCGUCGAUGGAUGGCUAGAUCCACGUAUGCCCACUAUCAAGGGAAUACUCAGAAGAGGAUUAACAAAAGAAGCCUUGUUCCAAUUCAUCCUAGAACAAGGACCUUCCAAAUCAGGAAAUCUCAUGCAAUGGGAUAAAUUGUGGUCCAUCAACAAACAACUAAUCGACCCAAUCAUACCCAGAUUCGCAGCAGUAGAUAAGAAAAAAGGAGUCAUACUUAAAUUAACCGACUUGAACGAAGACAUUGUUGAAAAAACUAGAGAUCUACACAUGAAAAAUAAAUCCCUUGGCACAUGCUCCAUGUUUUAUACCAACCGUUUCUUUAUCGAAUUGGAAGAUGCGCAAACCUUGGCAGAGCAAGAAGAAAUUACUCUAAUCAAACUAGGAAAUGUGAUUAUCACAAGUAUUGUUAAAGGGGAUGAGCAUUCUGCUGAUGGAACAAACACACCAACCAUUAAGGAAGUUAUUGGUACCUCCAAUUUCGAUGGAGACUUCAAAACUACAAAAAAAAAAAUACACUGGGUACCAUACAUACCCGAACAAUUAAUCACAUGUACACUUUACGAAUAUGACCACUUAAUUACGGUCGAUAAAUUUGAAAAUGAUAAUAAAGAAGACUGGACUAAAUUUAUCAAUUCCAAUAGCAAGUACGAGACGGUGGUGUACGCAGAACCAGCCAUUACCUCCCUCAAGGUGUCGAACAGAUUUCAGUUUGAAAGAAGGGGGUACUUCAUUGUCGACAAGGUAGAGAACAACCACCUUCAUUUGAUUAAAAUCCCUGAUGGCAAAUCCAAGAACAUGUCUAUCAUCAGUUCUAAGGUAAACCCUAAAAAUUUGGCCGGCACUAAAAACAAGGCCUCCGACGCCUCGGAAAAUGCUCCCAAGGGGGACCAACCUGACCACGGCAACAAGUAG